AUGCUUCAGUCCUGGUUUGCCGCCGUUUGCUCUGCGGCAGUACUAGCAUCAGCGGUUACUGCUGGUGACGCCUACGAUGCUCAAGCUCAGGCCAUCGUCGAUGGCUUCUCCGCGGAUCAACUAUUGGGGCAAAUGACUCAGCUUACCCUCGCUACCGUCAUGAAUGGUACUACACGAACGCUGAACGAAACCGCGGUGCGUUCGUUCGCCAAGCAGCACGUCGGAUCGUACCUCAACACGUACUGGGACGGACCAGUCAAUGGAAGCUACGGCUACAACGCCUCCGAGUUCCGCUCUAUCAUCCAGCGUAUCCAGGAGAUCUCCAUGGAGGAGAACGGAGGCCACCCCAUCAUCUACGGUAUUGACUCCGUUCAUGGCGCCAACUACGUCGACGGUUCUGUGCUGAUGCCUCAGCAGAUCAACAGCGGAGCUAGUUUCAACCCCGACCUGGUCUACGAGGUGGCUCGUAUCACUGCUCGCGACACUGAGGCCGCUGGAAUCAGUUGGGUGUUUGGUCCCAUCUUGGAUAUCUCCCAAAACACGCUUUGGGCCCGCACAUACGAGACGUUCGGUGAAGACCCGUAUUUGGCAUCUGUCAUGGGCGCUGCUCUCGUCCGCGGACUGCAGAGCUACAACCAGACAGCUGCAUGCAUCAAGCACUUCAUCGGAUAUUCCAAGACGCCCACGGGUCAUGACAGAGACAACGUGAACAUGCCGGACUUCGACCUGCUAAACUACUUCCUGCCACCGUUCAAAGCUGCCUUCGAGGCGGGCACGGUACCAACCGCGGCUGCCUGCGUUGCCUCUUCAGCGGAGUUCAUCUCCACGUCUUCGUUGUCGGAACUGGCAUCUUCUAUUUCAGGAAACGCUAGCUUGGGGGAGGGCGCGCGAAACGAGAAGUGCCGCCCCCACAGUUCAGGCGGAUGGAACCUUCUAGAAGGUUCCACGGCCGCCCUAGUACCUGUAGCCAACCGAGUGGAUGUAUCGAGGAUUUGA